UACUUUCCUAGCGAGUUCGCUGGCUCCGCCACCAUGUACAUCAACAACUACGCCGACACCACCUACUAUGGAGCCAUCACCAUCGGUACUCCCCCCCAGUCCUUCCAGGUGUUGUUUGACACUGGCUCUGCCAACCUGUGGGUUGACUCUGUACUCUGCAACACUCAGGCCUGCAACAGCCACACAAAGUUCAACCCCCAGCAGUCGUCCACCUACUCAGCUAAUGGGCAAACUUUCUACCUGCCCUACGGAGCUGGCAGUCUCAGUGGAGUCUUCGGAUACGACACCGUCAACGUCGGUGGUAUUGUCAUCAACAACCAGGAGAUUGGUCUGAGUACUGACGAGCCAGGUCAGAAUUUUGUUGUGGCCCAGUUUGAUGGUAUCCUUGGCCUGUCCUACCCUUCCAUCUCAGCCGGACAAGAGACUCCCGUCAUGGACAACAUGAUGUCUCAGAACCUUCUGCAGGCUAACAUAUUUGCAUUCUACCUGACCAGCGACGGCCAGCAGGGCAGUGAGCUGUCGUUCGGAGGAGUGGACAACACCAAGUAUCAGGGUCAGAUCUACUGGACUCCCGUCACCUCCCAGACAUACUGGCAGAUCGGCAUCCAAGGGUUCCAGAUCAACGGUCAGGAGACAGGGUGGUGUGGGCAGGGCUGCCAGGCCAUCGUGGAUACAGGCACCUCCAUGCUGACUGCACCGACACAGAUCAUGGGAACGCUGAUGCAGUCCAUUGGAGCCCAGCAGGACCAGUACAGACAGUACACAGUGAACUGUAACCAGAUCAACAGCCUGCCGACUCUCACCUUCACCAUCAAUGGAGUCAACUUCCCCCUGCCGCCAUCUGCAUACAUUCAGCAGGUAAGUUAGUGUGUCGUGUGUGUUUAUGUGUGUCUGUCCGUGUGUUACCAUCUAUGACUGAUGUUCGGAUAAUGCAUAAGCCUUGUGUCAGUAGUGCAUUUGUGUUUAUCUGCCUGUGUGUGUGUGUGUCUAUUGCACUCAACAUGCGUGUUUUCCUCUCUAUCCAGAACAACCAGGUCUGCUCCGUGGGGAUCACCCCCACCUACCUGCCGUCCCAGAACGGACAGCCCCUGUGGAUUUUGGGAGAUGUAUUCCUCAGGGAGUACUACUCCGUCUACGACCGCACAGGCAACCAAGUGGGCUUUGCC